AUGAUACUGAUUGCAGGAUACUGUCUAUUGAUCUAUAGUAUUAUUUUACCAGCAUUGAUAUCGGCCACUAAAUCAUGUGAUUUAGAUGAGUUGCAAAAAUUAAACAAGAAUUUGAAAGUAGACACUGAGUCAUUGACAAAAUAUCAAUGGAUUGCAGGACAGCUGGAACACAAUUGCUUGACAGCAGAACUUGAAAGCGAGAAUAUCACAGAUGUUAUUCAACUGGCUAAUCAAGUAUACUACAAAAUCGGGCUGAUCCAAAUGUCCAAUGACCAGCACUUGAGGGCCAUUGAUGUAUUUGAGAAAAUCAUAAUUGAUGAAACUUACAGGGAUUCUUUUGGAAGGCUAGCCGAAAAGAGACUUCAAGAGCUCUAUAUGGAUUUCGGUAUGUGGGACAAAGUGCAUCAGAAGAAUGAAAAUUAUGAAAAAUAUUUGUCUUUGAAUGAAACCAUCAGAAAAAAAAUACUGUCCAAAGAUGUUUCUGUGGAGAAAGAUAUUUCUGAGCUACUUCGCAUAACACCCUACGAUAUUAAUAUGCUCUCUACGCACAUUGAUGUUCUUUUCCAUAAAUUAGCUGACGAAAUUGACAUUUCAUUAGCUGCUGCCAUCAUUUUGGACUACGAAACAAUCCUUGACAAGCAUUUGGCCACCCUAAGUUUAGAUAGUCGACUAUCUAUCCAUUAUAUAAUAUCUGUCUUACAGACAUUCGUGCUUAACUCAGAUGCAUCCUUCAAUUUAAGAAAGUGCUUGUCUAUUGAUAUGGACUACGAUAAAUGCAAAAGGUUAAGCCUGACGAUUUCUAAGUUAAACAAAGUGAAUCCAUCCAAAAGACAGAUCCUGGAUCCAGAACUGUAUGCAUUCGAGCGCAGAGAAUCCACAUAUUGGGACAUGAUUAUUGAUUUCUACUUGAGGGAUGAAAAGCCAUUUAUUGCACCGAUGAAAAUUCUCAACAAGGAUAUAACGUUCAAGAACAAUUACUCAUUUUUAGAAGAGAUUAUCAAACAAUUAAUACAAGAUGUUCAACUAUCGAGACCCUUAACGACAAACUUAUUUGACGAUUCUUCAAAAACAGAUUAUACGUCCAAACCAAAAUCAUACUAUCAUACUGAUUAUCUAGUAUACAUUGAUUCUAUUCUUUGUCAGGCCUCUAGUAUGAGUUCAGAUGUUAAAAGAUCUAAAUUGACUGCACCAUUUUGUAAAAAAAUACUAAAGUAUUCAUUAACAUUAGAAACAUGGAACCACUAUCAAGAUGCGAAGUCUCAGCAGAAACGUUUACCUGACACAGUAUUGGACGACGUAUGGAAUUCUAAUCCUCAUUUAUUAAUGUUUAUGAUCAAUUCGAUUUUGAGAAAAAGUAAGUCUAAACACCACUCCCAGUCGGGAAGGCAGUUACACGACCAGAUAAACAAAUUCUUUCAAGAUAACGGCCUUUCGGAGUCAACCAAUCCAUAUGUAAUAAAGAACUUCCGAUUAUUACAGAAACAAUUACAAACGUUUAAAGAGCAGAAGCAUCGGAACUUCAACCAGCAGUAUUUUCAACAACAACAACAACAACAGCAGCAGCAGCAACAAUACCAACGACAACAAGCCCCCCCACAAGGGUCUAGUUAUGACCCAAAAAAGGACUAUUAUAAAAUUCUAGGAGUUUCACCUAAUGCUAAUUCAAAAGAGAUAAGAAAAGCAUACUUGAACCUAACAAAAAAAUACCAUCCAGAUAAGAUAAAGGCAAACCAUAAUGACAAAAAAGAAUCAAUUCAUGAAACCAUGUCACAAAUCAAUGAGGCAUACGAAACAUUAAGCGAUGAGGAUAAAAGAAAAGAAUAUGAUCUUUCCAAGUCUAACCCUCGCCGAAACACAUUUGCUCAGGGGCCAAGACAAAAUAAUAUGUUUAAGAACCCAGGAAAUGGUUUCCCCUUUGGAAACAGCUUUAAAAUGAAUUUUGGAUUCUGA